GAACCUGCUGGGCUCGUUGAGGACUCCGCCGACGCCGAGUACUUCUCGCCACCGCCGACGAAGAGGCCACGGCUCAUGUCGAAGAGCCCCGCGGAGAUGUGUUCGCCGUUGUACACGCCCACGCCGAUCACCGAGCAGGACACGCCUCUGCCCAAGCACAUGUCGACCUUGACGCCCAUGCAGAUCGUGGACGUUUCAAUGGACGACGAGAAAGUGCUCAUGCCAGAAGUUGCAGUACUUGUUCCCGCGGCGCCUGCGGUCCCUGGUGAAACCUCCAGCUCCGAGGACUCGUUGAUUGGUGGCGGCGCGCCCGACGACUCAAUUCCCGAGACUGAGAUGGUGGAGUUCGCUCGUUGGCUCAAGAUUCAGGGCUAG